AUGAAACGAUUGAUCGCAGAAGAGAUCGAAGAAACCCUAUUCACAACGUCAAGACCUGAUGCCAAAAUCCACACUCCUGUAAUUGCUAUAAGCGACAAAUACGCUGUUUCUCAUUAUAAUGGACCUCACUCCGUUCUUGAAGAAGGAACAGAAGUUACUCUAUACAACGUUGUUGAUCCGACAAUAGAAUACAAGAGCACAGUGCAAACCAUAUCCCAAGCAUGUGACAUCGUUGUUUUCGAACUGUUAGACAGUCAUUUUGCAAGCUUCCCAUGUUAUUAUGGAGGUAUGUGCAGUGGUGGAGCUUACAAUCAACUGGGUGUUGAUUCAUUCCGAAAUCCUACAUGGAAUGUUGGAACCAUCUCAGAGUUUCGUUUUAACUGCUUCAUUGGGACGUCAUCUAAAAAGCCCGAAGAUUCGACUCGAGUGGGCAUAUUCAGCGAAUAUGGACGCUUACUGGGAUUUUCUACUAGCAAGAAUAUGCCAAUUGCACAACG